AGUGUCCCCGUUCUUGUAGUCUCUUCGGCAGAUGCAGCUCGAGAUGUUUUAAAGACGCACGACAGAAUUUUUGCGAGCCGUCCACGGUCUAAAAUCUUCGAAAAGCUUCUUUAUGACAGGCGUGACGUGGCCUCAGCUCCUUAUGGAGAGUAUUGGAGACAAAUGAAGAGUGUGUGUGUCCUCCAUCUCCUAAGAAACAAAAUGGUACGUUCCUUUGGAAACGUGAGAGAAGAAGAGAUCAGUCUAAUGAUGGAAAAAAUCAGGAAAUCAAGUUCUUUGCCGGUGAAUCUAAGCGAGAUCUUGGCGAGUUUAACCAACGAUGUGGUUUCUAGAGUUGCGCUGGGAAAGAAAUACGGCGGGGAAACUGAUUUUAAGGAGUUAUUGGAGAGGUUCAUAAGGCUAUUGGGCGUGUUUAGUGUCGGGACUUAUGUCCCGUUGCUUGCGUGGAUUGACUGGAUCCGAGGUUUGGAUGCUGAAGUAGAAAAGACGAAAAAUGAAUUUGAUGAGUUCUUGGAGAGAGUUGUGCAAGAUCAUGUAGAUGGUUAUGGAGAUAGGAAUGAUUUUGUGGAUAUAUUGCUCGCUAUUCAGAGAAAUAAGAGCGUUGGUUUUGAAAUCGACCGACUCAGCAUAAAGGCAAUCAUCUUGGAUGCUUUUGUGGGUGGUACGGACACAACGUCCGCACUUAUGGAAUGGGAAAUGACAGAGCUUCUACGUCACCCAAAGUUUCUGAAAAGACUUCAAGAAGAAGUCCGUACAGUUUGUAAGGGCAGAUCAAUUGUAUUAGAAGACGACAUUCAAGCAAUGGGCUACUUAAGAGCUGUGAUCAAAGAGACACUCAGGCUUCAUCCUCCAGUUCCAUUGAUGGUUCCUCACGAAUCAACAGAAGAUGUCAAAUUAGGAGAUUACCACGUACCGGCCGGUACGCAGGUUAUGAUCAAUGUUUGGGCGAUCGGGAGAGAGGUUGCCACGUGGGGACCAGACGCUGACGAGUUUAAACCGGAGAGGCAUUUGGACACGCCUGCUGAUUUCAGGGGUCAGGAUUUUGAGCUGAUUCCGUUUGGAGCAGGGAGAAGGAUGUGCCCAGGGAUAUCAUUCGCUGUGGUGUUGAAUGAGCUGGUUUUGGCUAACCUAAUGCAUGGGUUUGAUUGGAGAUUCCCGGUUAAAUCUACAGAAGAUCAGACCGGUGUCGCUGAAUCAACGGGUCUUGCGAUUCACCGCAUGUUCCCUCUUUACGCCAUUGCAUCAUCUCCUACUUGACUUAAGGGCAUUAUAUAUAUAUAUAUUAAUUGCUUUGUAUAAUGUGUGGGUCGUUGCUUCUUUUUCGCGCCAUGCAUAGAUCUGGUUUUAU